AUGGUCCUGUCGCGUGAAGGUAAGCCGUUUUUGAAUUUGUUGCUAGUUUGCAAAACAAAAUCAUCAAGUUUUGUCGAUAUGGAAUUUGCAUAGGAAAAGGGUUCAAAGCGUGAAGGGAAUAUCUUCAUGAAUUUUGGACAAGUUUAGAUCGGAACUUCUGAGGGUAUACACAAGUAUAACUAGUGUAAUUUUCCAAUUGCUCGUUAUUUUUGCAAGCCUUGUUAAUAGUAUGGGAAAAAAUCAAUUUGUUAUCCAUGCAAACGGUUUUUGAAAAAAAAAAUUAAAGAAAUCUCUUGAAAAACGGUCCACUUCUAUUUGUCAUCCAGUUUCCAAAAACAACUUGAUCUUCAAUGUCAACAAACAACUCAUUUUUUUUGCAGAAGUCGAAAAGCUCCUUGCUCCGCUAGAGAGCAUGUUGGACAAGGCCUUCGAUGACGGAGACUACGAAAAAGUUUCGACUGGAUAUUCAGAAGAUGCGGCCUUCGUUCAUCUUGGGAAUAGUGUCGUUAGAGGCAGAAAAGGUACUUAUUUUAUUAGAGAGACAAUAACUAGAAGCUUCAAUUGUAAGCAUAAAAUCUCGAUUUCAGCGAUUGCUCAGGCCUUCUCCAAAUUCAAUGGCCUGGACGCCACGACCAUGACAAACGAGAAGACCCAUGCGUUUGAUAUAAACGAUGGUGAAUAUUUGAUGAGAAAGGGACGUUAUCGUUUCGCUGAUGGACCAUGGAUGAGAUACAUGCAGCUUUUCCAUCGGCAGGCCGAUGGCUCUUAUUUGAUCGUCCAUGAUGAAUUCGAAUUAAAACAAUAG